AAAAAUGAACCAAUAAUCCAUGAAGACGGUGCAAAGUGUAAAUUAUCAUCUGCUGCAUCUCAGACAUUGGCGAGAAUGAACAAUGUGAAGAGAAGUCUGAACAGACCAACGGCCUGCCAGAGAAAUCUUCCUCCAAGCACUCCGCUUCUCCAUCUGUGGAGCUGCAGCUCAACCCUGGCCAGCUGCAGCUUGACGGUCUACCUCUGGGGGCUGGAGCUGCAGGCCCUGGUCUACGAGUGGCCCAGGUACGACUAUUGGACCGCAGAACCAGCAGCAGGCCAAGCAGCCGACCUGGGAGUCCAAAUUCCAACACUUCAUCCACCCCAACCCCCUCAGAGGAGCAGAAUGAUGGAGAGGAGGAGGCAGCAGAGCCCGAGGAUGAAGUUCAGGGUGCAGAGCUCGAGCGUUCUACAGUUUCUGCUCCGACCCUGUGACUCCUCAAGAGGCCCUUUCAGCUCCUAAUAGCAGCUGCUAUGGAGAGAAACCCCAUUCAAUUUCAGCUGGAUUCAGGAUGUCAUCGCUCUCCAGUGCAGUAUCAUGUGACACCUAUCCAUCAAACAGAAGGCCUCAUCAACAGAGUGGGACUUUGAGAAGCAAAUACACAAUCAAGUGGACCAUCAGAGGACAUGAAAACUCAGGCCUCAUUAGAAAGGACUUCUUCCCCUGAUGCCUGCUCUAAAGCUUGCAGUACACCCAGUGACUCCCAGGGGGCCUCUCUUUCCAAGGACAGCCCAUCAGGGCUAGUUCUUUGCAAAUGCACCGUGACACCAUGUCAGAACUGUAGGAAACCUAAUGGACCUCUGGAAUUGGUUCAGCCUCCCAGAGCCAAUGGACCUGUAGACUGUAACAGUGCCUCAGAUUCCUGCAGGCAGGCUGAGCUACAGAACAGACUGAAGCCUGGGAAAACGCCAUCAGACUCAGCUUCUGCCUCUGCACUGGUGAACCACAUAGGAACAGAAAUGGUUAAGAAGGAACCCGAGAGCUCUGUAAAUGCAUGUGCUCAACAGAACUGCCCCACUGCCCCCACGAUAUGGCCCCACAGUGGCCAUCAGAACCACAGGAGCCAGACAGAGCCCCAGGAGGAGUGUAUGAGCACCGAUGAAAAGCCCUCCUUCUCAAUCACCAGCAGUUCCUUCACAGAUGCACCAUCUAGAGGCAGCCAGGAGCACGACUCAGUAAAGUUUGGUUCAGCACCUACUCCAGACAUAAAGGCUGCUCCUGCACUGAUGGACUCACUGCUGCCCAACACACUGUCCUCCAUCACCAACCUGUCCAGCUGCAUGAAGGAUGGAAAAGAGGAGGAUGGGGGUGAGUUUGUCACUCUGUGGCCACAUGUGACACUUUAAGAGCCUUUGUAUUGCUGUGUUCUGCUAUGAAGCACACGAAGAUGUAAUUAGCUUCUAGCGGUUGUGUUUGUGUUUUUGUGCACGGAUCGAGCUGGACAAACUGGAUGCAGAGAUGAUCGAGCUCUUGGCCAAUCAGAGGAUCCAGCAGCUCUUUGCUCCCAAAGUGCCCAGUACUCAAC